UUUCGUUUGACAGCAAAUGAAGUUUGUCGGGAGUCUACUGAACUGUGACUGUUUUAGCCUUUAAACCAGCGCAUUUUUGGCUUCAUUUCGACCGAUACUUCUGGAUUCUUCUUUAAUGAUGGAAUAAGAAGUCAGCAUGGUGGUGAAUUCAGUGCACUGGUUUCGCAAAGGUCUGCGUUUGCACGAUAAUCCGGUGUUGCAGGAGGCCCUUAAUGGAGCAGACACAGUGCGCUGUGUUUAUAUCUUGGACCCGUGGUUUGCUGGCGCCGCUAACGUGGGGAUCAACCGAUGGAGGUUUCUGCUGGAGGCUUUGGAGGACCUGGACAGCAGUCUGAAGAAACUCAAUUCCAGAUUGUUUGUUGUCAGAGGGCAGCCUACUGAUGUUUUCCCGAGGCUUUUUAAGGAAUGGAAAGUGACCAGGCUGACAUUUGAAUAUGACCCAGAGCCUUAUGGGAAGGAGAGGGAUGGGGCUAUCAUCAAGAUGGCCCAAGAGUUUGGAGUGGAGACUGUUGUCAGAAACUCGCACACCCUCUACAACCUGGAUAGGAUAAUAGAGGUGAACAACAACAGCCCUCCACUGACCUUUAAGCGGUUUCAGACCAUUGUGAGCAGACUGGAGUUGCCCAGGAGACCUCUGCCUCCCAUCACCAAGCAACAGAUGGAUAAAUGUCGCACUAAAAUAGCUGACAAUCAUGACCAGCUAUACAGUAUACCUUCACUGGAAGAACUAGGUUUCAAGACAGAAGGUUUACCUCCAGCUGUGUGGCAUGGAGGAGAGUCGGAGGCUUUGGACAGACUCAACAAACAUCUGGACAAAAAGGUGUGGGUGGCCAACUUAGAGCACCCUCGUGUCAACACGUGCUCUCUGUAUGCCAGUCCCACUGGCCUCAGCCCCUACCUGCGCUUCGGCUGUCUGUCCUGUAGGGUGUUGUACUACAACCUCAGAGAGCUCUACAUGAAGCUCCGUAAACGUUGCAGUCCUCCUCUGUCCCUGUUCGGCCAGCUGUUAUGGAGGGAGUUCUUCUACACAGCUGCCACCAACAACCCAAACUUUGACCGCAUGGACGGAAACCCCAUCUGUGUCCAGAUCCCAUGGGACCAGAACCCAGAGGCACUGGCCAAGUGGGCUGAGGGUCGGACUGGUUUUCCCUGGAUUGACGCCAUCAUGACCCAGCUGAGACAGGAGGGCUGGAUCCACCACCUGGCCCGACACGCCGUGGCCUGUUUCCUCACCAGGGGAGACCUGUGGAUCAGCUGGGAGAGCGGCAUGAAGGUGUUUGAGGAGCUGCUGCUGGAUGCAGACUGGAGUGUAAAUGCUGGAAGCUGGAUGUGGCUGUCCUGCAGUGCCUUCUUCCAGCAGUUCUUCCACUGCUACUGUCCCGUUGGCUUUGGAAGGAGGACUGACCCGUCAGGAGACUACAUCAGGCGUUACAUUCCCAUCUUAAAGGACUACCCAAACCGCUACAUCUAUGAGCCAUGGAACGCCCCGGAGUCGGUCCAGAAGGCAGCCAACUGUGUGGUGGGAGUGGAUUACCCCAAACCUAUGAUCAACCACGCAGAGGGCAGCAGGCUAAACAUUGAAAGAAUGAAACAAGUUUACCAGCAGCUCUCACAUUACAGAGGACUCAGUCUACUGGCAUCGGUACCAACGAUCCAAGAGGAGGCGGAGCCGUCUCAGACCAGCAGUGGCCCCGAUUCUCCUCCCAAAGGUCCUGCUGAGUGUGAAGCAGCUUGUUGCUCCACAGCUCCUGAUUCAUCCACAGUGUGUGCAUCCUCCACCUAUGCUCCACACCCAGACCUGGAGGAGGCAGCCAACAGUCACCUAUCCCAGACACCCUGCGCCUCCUUGGGCUCACACACACAGCUCUGUGCAGCCAUAACAUCUACAUCUGCCAGCCAUCCACCAGCCACAGCAGCUCCACCCUCCCCACCCUCAGUACCAGCCAUGAGCCUUCUGUCACGGUCCAAACCCUCCUCCCCUUCCUCUUCAUGUCCCAGCUUGUCCCCGUCCCCCAGUCCAGCCAUGACCAUGACUCAGCCGUCCUCUGUGGGGCAUAGGAAGAAAGGUGUCGCUCGCAAGAUGCGGCGCAGCCACAGACAGCGAGGGCGACAGAGCUUCACUUCAGCAGUCAGGGAGGGAGAGAGGAGAGCAGAGGAGGAGGACAAGGAGGAAGCAGCAGGGGAGGAGAGGAUGGAGGAGGACUUUGAGCAGGAUGAGGAGAGAAUGGAGGAGGGGACUCCUGAAGAGACAGCAGGACAUCAGCAGUGAGACGAGGUGGAGAUCAAAAGAACAAUCUUAAAACAUCCAUCCCAGACAACUGGACUGAUAAAGACAUACAAGGAACUGUGUUCUGGAUAUGUGGACAACAUAAAUAUAUAUAAGCAUGCAUACAACACAAGUGGAAACAAUACAAAAGCAUUUUACUCACAUUUACUCAAGACUCAAAAAUGAAAUACUGUCUAGGCAAUCAUUUAAAUAAGCAUAGCAUCUAUGGACAUACAGUUCAACAUUUUAGAACAGAACUAGUCUUGAAUGGUUCAAAAAUCAUUUCUAUUUCAGGCAAUGGAGGUCAUAAUUCUAAAACAAAUUUAAGAUGAGUAAUGAGUAAUUUUCUCUUGUACAGUUCCAUCUCUGAGAAACAUACAGCUAAUAUAAGGAGCAACAUAAUAGACUGCAACUCCAACACACCAUAUCCACACUGAAGCCAUAAAACAUAGUGUGACUGUCAGCAGUGGCACCUCUCUGCUCGUCCUCUUGCUUCUCUGAAUGUCCUUACCUUAGAAACAAGGUAGCACAGGAGCCUGAAUGUCACCUGCCUGAACACACCGUCCUGUCCCUACACCAGACUCUCUCUGCGCUCUGUUGUUCUAGGACAGAAAAGAUACUCAGUUAAUGAAGCAGUGUAUUCUGAAAGUUUGCAGUGAUACAUUUGCAUAACUGUGGUGAGAGUUACAAUAGGUUGCGGCAGACAACAGAGUCCCAGAGUGAAGGUCCAAACCAGUGUAUUCUGGGUCCUGCAGGCCAAAAAUGGACUUCUCUUCUUAUUGAGAGGCGUGCAGGAACACUUCUAGAGCUUCAGACAGAUUUACUAACCUUAAGUAAAAUGUAUUAAACUUCACUUUAUGUCGUAGCUCCUUUCAAUGUACAGCUGUGGACAUUUUGGGCCUUCUUCAGGAGCACUCUUUAUAUUCAGGUGGGAAAACAGUAAUGGAGAAUGCUUCUGUUGAUGUCUGACAUUUUGUUUUGUUAAAUGGAAGGUUUUUCUGUUCAUGUGGUCCUGACGGUUGUGUUUGGGAUCUUCUCCUGAUUUUAUAACCGUAAAGGGAUAGUUGGGGUUUGUUGAAGUGGGGUUGUAUGAGUCAGUAUAUUGCAUGCAGUAGGUGUCAGUCAGCAUGCCCUCAGUUUGGAAAAGGAGACUAAACAAUGUACUGCUGUGGAGGGGUCUGCAACAAAUCUUAUUUUAUCCACACACAAAAAAAAAAAAAAAAAAAAA